UCUGUGAACACUUGCUGUCAGACAUAAGAGUGAAUUAUGGACUUAGAGGACAUUUAUGAAAAUGUUGAAAAUGAUUAUAUUAAGGACACAACUGGAGCUCGAACACAGAAUCACAGCCAGGAUGAAGGGAAAGAUGGAAAGUGCAGAGGAAGCAGGUGUUUGUUGUUGAUGACAGUGUGUCUCGGGCUCAUUUGUGUUCUUCUGCUGGUCUUCAUCACACUGUACAUCACCAUCACAGCAGAGAGAGACCUUUACAAGAACACAGUUGAAGAGUUCAAUCACACUAUCGACAGCUUACAGGACAAGAACGCUGAUCUAAUGACUGAAAAAGACCAAGUGAAGAACAACUUGAACUCUUUGAAUCAGAAGAAACUGGAGCUGGUUCAUAAUCUCAGUGUUGAGAAAAGUCAGUUACAGGGAAGUUUUGAUGCUUUGAAUCAGACGAAACUGGAGCUGGAGACCAGAGUCAAUGAUCUCAGUGCUGAGAAAAGUCAGUUACAGGGAAGUUUUAACUCUUUGAGUCAGAAGAAACUGGAACUGGAGACCAGAGUCAAUGAUCUCACUGCUGAGAAAAGUCAGUUACAGGGAAGUUUUAACUCUUUGAGUCAGAAGAAACUGGAGCUGGAGACCAGAGUCAAUGAUCUCACUGCUGAGAAAAGUCAGUUACAGAGAAGUUUUGACUCUUUGAGUCUGAAGAAACUGGAGCUGGAGACCAGAGUCAAUGAUCUCAGUGCUGAGAAAAGUCAGUUACAGGGAAGUUUUGACUCUUUGAGUCAGAAGAAACUGGAGCUGGAGACCAGAGUCAAUGAUCUCACUGCUGAGAAAAGUCAGUUACAGGGAAGUUUUAACUCUUUGAGUCAGAAGAAACUGGAGUUGGAGACCAGAGUCAAUGAUCUCAGUGCUGAGAAAAGUCAGUUACAGGGAAGUUUUGACUCUUUGAGUCAGAAGAAACUGGAGCUGGAGACCAGAGUCAAUGAUCUCACUGCUGAGAAAAGUCAGUUACAGGGAAGUUUUAACUCUUUGAGUCAGAAGAAACUGGAGUUGGAGACCAGAGUCAAUGAUCUCAGUGCUGAGAAAAGUCAGUUACAGGGAAGUUUUGACUCUUUGAGUCAGAAGAAACUGGAGCUGGAGACCAGAGUCAAUGAUCUCAGUGCUGAGAAAAGUCAGUUACAGGGAAGUUUUGACUCUUUGAGUCAGAAGAAACUGGAGCUGGAGACCAGAGUCAAUGAUCUCAGUGCUGAGAAAAGUCAGUUACAGGGAAGUUUUGACUCUUUGAGUCAGAAGAAACUGGAGCUGGAGACCAGAGUCAAUGAUCUCAGUGCUGAGAAAAGUCAGUUACAGGGAAGUUUUGACUCUUUGAGUCAGAAGAAACUGGAGCUGGAGACCAGAGUCAAUGAUCUCACUGCUGAGAAAAGUCAGUUACAGGGAAGUUUUAACUCUUUGAGUCAGAAGAAACUGGAGUUGGAGACCAGAGUCAAUGAUCUCACUGCUGAGAAAAGUCAGUUACGGGGAAGUUUUAACUCUUUGAAUCAGACGAAACUGGAACUGGAGACCAGAGUCAAUGAUCUCACUGCUGAGAAAAGUCAGUUACAGAAAAGUUUUAACUCUUUGAGUCAGAAGAAACUGGAACUGGAGACUGAACUAGGGAAGAUAUCUACACAAGACCCCUGCUACAACUACAUUGUGCUGGACGAUCCAUGGAGAUCCAUCAGUAAUACACACGCUUCAGUCACAAAGUGUGACACGUCUGUCUCCUGGAGCGGCUGGUAUCGUCUCUUCAUUAACAACACUAGCGCUCAUAUCCCAGACACGUGUGUUGCGAGGUACAGCUGUGGCACUGAAACCCCACUGUGGAUCCGUGGUGGACACCCAACAGUAACAGAUGGAGUCGUCACUCGAGAUGUCUGCGGUUCCGGUGGGAGAUACUGCUGCUAUUACGGGUCUUAUCCCAUUAAAGUCAAAGCCUGUCCACUCGAUUAUUAUGUCUAUUGGCUGGUUAGACCACCUCACUGCAAUCUUGCAUACUGUGCAGACACUGGCAGCAUUAACACCAGCCCUACAACUGUCACACCAGUGACCAUCUCACCUGACCCCUGCUACAACUACACUGUGCUGGACGAUUCAUGGAGAUCCAUCAGUAAUACAGAUUACUCCAACUGUGACCAGUCUGUCUCCUGGAGCGGCUGGUAUCGUCUCUUCAUUAACAACAUUAGCGCUCAUAUCCCAGACACGUGUGUUGCAUGGGGAAGAUGUGGCGCUUAUAACCCACUGUGGAUCCGUGGUGGACACCCAACAGUAACAGAUGGAGUCGUCACUCGAGAUGUCUGUGGUCACUAUAACAGUUACUGCUGCUAUUACGGGUCUUAUCCCAUUAAAGUCAAAGCCUGUCCAGGAGAUUAUUAUGUCUAUGAGCUGGUCAGUCCAACUGUGUACUAUUCAGCAUACUGUGCAGGUAAUUAUAUUCACAUGAGCUCUUUCUACACAUUCAUGAUAUUUGUGUCUCCGUGUCUAUCUAUAAAGAUGAAGAAUGUGUCUCCUGCCCUAAUUGGAGGAGGAAGCAGGUGUUUGGUGUGGAUGACAGUGUGUCUCGGGCUCAUUUGUGUUCUUCUGCUGGUCUUCAUCACACUGUACAUCACCAUCACAGCAGAGAGAGACCUGUUAAAGAGUUACAAGAACACAGUUGAAGAGUUCAAUCACACUAUCAACAGCUUACAGGACAAUUACACUGAUCUAAUGACUGAAAAAGACCAACUGAAGAACAACUUCAGCUCUUUGAGUCAGAAGAAACUGGAGAAAUACAGUCACGUUGUUUGA